GCUUUACUAGCCGAGUCCCCAACCUCGUGUGUUCACAUUCCACUCAAGUCGCCAUGGGUGGACGCAAGUUUCUUCGUUGGACGAUCCUCCUCUGCCUCCUGUGCGCCGUCGCCGCACGGGGCAGCUUAAGGAAAAAACUAUCCAAGGCUCUCAACCCGCGACGCAUCUUACAAAAGCUCGGGUUGUCGAAGUCCACACACGUGGCUGCUCCAAGCAUUCCACAAACGAUAACAGUUCCGGAACCACCCCCAGACCCGGUAGAAGUUCCGAGGUUCACCCUGGUGGCACCGAACCUGCUGAGAACCGACAGCCCGGAGAAUAUCUUCCUGCAGGCGGAAGGCAUCGCCAGCCCCGUCGAGGUGAUCAUCAGCGUGACCGACUUCACCAAGACCACCAUGCUCUUCACGGGGUCACGCUGUACCCGGAUCCCCUCCGGUCUGUUGAAUCGAGACGAGAUCAAGAACAAGUAUGUGAUCGUGAAGGUCAAAUUUGGAAACUACCACGAGGAGGAGAGGACCGUCAUGGUGUCCUUCCACUCGGGCUACAUCUUCAUCCAGACGGACAAGCCCAUUUACAACCCCGGAGAUGAGGGCUAG